AUGUUCCCAUGUUCCCAUCUGGCCGGCGAGGUCCGGCGCUGCACCGGCUCCGAGUCUGGUGAGGCGCACAAGGUGUCUCAACCCGGGCGUUAUCCGUCGCCGGCCACUUUCGCUCACGGCACUGCCUCGUGCCCUGCCACGAAUAGUUUCAAGACUGGUUCUCUAAGUUACUUCCUCGAACCGGACCCGAGGGUAACCUGGUCCAUGUUCAUGUUUCUCGAUAAAACACACUACCAUCGCAUUGUCGGCUUGGUCAUUUCCUUUUUUUUCUACUUUCGCUUCGCGGCCUUGGGCCUUUUCGAUACCGAGGCAUCUCUGUAUGACCACCGGGGCUCCGUCCGCGUCCGCGUUGUCCGCUUGCGGGCUUGCGGGCUUGCGGGCUUGGGCUUGCGGGGAAUCGAUCCUCAUCUUUACUAG